UGUUCAGGACCGCCAAAAAGGACGGGCCAUAAUUGGGGGAGGAAAAGAGUGGCGUCAGGCGUUUGAGCGCAUCUUCUCCUACAAAUAUCACAUGCCUAUCUAGUAUUGGCCAGCAGAGCUUCCAACUUGUAUUUCAAACUCCCGUCUCAGGAACUCAAUUCAGUGAAGCCAUGAAAAGUUCCAAUGAAGAAUCAGCAAAUGAUCAGGUUGGAGAGAGAAGUUACUGGAGAUGGAGCAAGCAAGAUUUCUUCCCUGAAGAAUCCUUCAGAAACUGGGGAACCUACAGAUCAGCGCUGUCGCAGAUGUGUUUCCGGCUGAAGGAUAGGAUCAAAGGCAGGUCGGACGAUGUCACCGAGCUCCAGGAGCUCAGGAAACAGAGCGAGAACGACAUGAAACGUUGCCUGAACUGGUGGGAUCUCAUAUGGGUCGGAUUGGGAGGUCACAUCGGAGCGGGCAUUUUUGUGCUCACUGGCCAAGAAGCGCAUGAGCAUGCCGGACCGGCCAUUGUCCUGUCGUAUGUCGUGGCGGGUGCAUCCGCUAUGCUUUCGGUCUUCUGCUACACGGAAUUUGCAGUAGAAAUCCCCGUGGCAGGUGGAUCUUUUGCUUACUUGAGAGUAGAACUAGGAGAUUUCGCUGCAUUCAUAGCGGCAGGGAACAUACUCCUGGAAAGCGUUGUCGGAGCUGCAGCGGUUGCCAGGGCUUGGACUUCCUACUUCACCAACUUACUGAACCGUCCCUCCAACUCAUUACGCAUACACACGAGUCUUCGAAAUGGUUACAAUCUCCUGGACCCGAUUGCUGUUGCUGUUCUGGUUAUUACUGCCACGAUUGCAAUGAUCAGCACAAAGCAGGCUUCGCGCAUCAAUUGGGUAGCAUCUGCAAUCAACACCGUGGCAAUUCUUUUCAUCAUAAUUGCAGGAUUUGUUCAUGCAGACCCUUCUAAUUUGACACCUUUUACGCCUUAUGGGGCGAAAGGGGUCUUUCAAGCAGCAGCUGUUGUAUAUUUUGGGUAUACUGGAUUUGAUAGUAUAUCUAACAUGGCCGAGGAAACAAAGAACCCCUCGAAAGAUAUACCAAUAGGACUGCUUGGAUCAAUGUCGAUCAUCACGGUGACAUACUGCCUGAUGGCUCUCGUGCUUAGCAUGCUGCAGAAGUACACUGAAUUAGACGAAAAUGCAGCCUUUUCUGUGGCAUUUCAGAGCGUGGGAAUGAGGUGGGCGAAGUACCUGGUAGAUCUUGGAGCUCUGAAGGGCAUGACAACAGUUCUUCUCAUUGGGGCGCUUGGCCAAGCACGAUACACCACUCAUAUCGCGCGAGCCCACAUGAUCCCGCCAUGGUUUGCCCUUGUCCAUCCGAAAACUGGAACUCCCAUCAACGCAACUCUUCUGAUUACCAUUUCAAGUGCUCUCAUCGCUUUCUUCUCGAGCCUGGGCAUACUGGCAAGCUUGUUAUCUGUAAGCACACUUUUCAUUUUCACGAUGAUGGCAGUCGCUGUUCUUGUGAGGAGGUACUACGUACGAGAUAAAACACCUCAACAGAACCUGUCGAAGCUGGGUGCUUUCUUGCUGAUAAUCGUAACUUCCUCUAUAGGAACUUCAGCUUACUGGGGAUUGAGCCCGAAUGGCUGGAUUGGGUAUUGCGUAACCAUACCACUUUGGUUCUUGGGCACUUUAGGGAUUUACAAGUUCUUGCCACAGCAGAGAACGCCAAAAGCUUGGGGAGUUCCGUUUGUCCCGUGGCUUCCCUCAUUGUCUAUAGCAACAAAUAUGUUUCUAAUGGGGUCAUCGGGUUCUGCUGCUUUCCUACGAUUUGUAAUAUGCACCAUAGUAAUGCUUGUGUAUUAUCUUCUCUUUGGGCUUCAUGCAACCUAUGAUAUGGCACAUCUGCCACAGCAACCCGAGGCAAAACUUCAGCAGGUGGACAAUGAAGACGAUGGCAAAAGCAACUCGCAGGAGGCGCACGUUUCUUUCCCUUGAAGGUCUCCCACUUUUCAAGCUCUAAACAUCCAUCAGCCAUUUAGGUGUGUAAACAUAUGAGGAAGGAACUUCAUCAAGUUUUAGAUAGAUCAUAGCAAGAAUCUGUCUCUCCCUUGCCAGAAACAACUAAGUUACUAGUGCUUCUGCCAUUUGAUCUCCAUAGCCUUAGAUGCUUUCAUUUUGCAGCUGCCUCUUGAGCAAAAUUUCUUGAGUCGGUGAGAAGCUUCUCCCUAUUCGCUUCACCAAGAAUACCCAAAUUCAGUGCCAAAAGAUGUGUAGUGAUAUAAAACUAUGACUCAAGCGAUUGAUUUCACAAGAGAUAUUGUACAGAGUAUUCGCAUUUUGUCAUAAUAGAAGAACUACAAUGCACAUGACUCUGGCAAGUUGUCUUUUUACCUAUA